AUGAGCAGACAACCCACCAGCUCUGAGCGCAACGAUUUGUUCCAAAAGUUGAAGCCAUGUUGCGUUCAAAUAAGCCAACUAGCGAUCCGUGAGGCUGAAGCCCCAGGCACAUCUCACCAACUUCAAGUUUUGAUCCAACAAGUUCUGAACAUUCUUCGUCAACAGAUCCAGUCCAACCCAUCAAUACUUGACGAGAAAAUUGCUGAAUAUGUCUUCUUUCCCUUGUAUCAUAUAUUCCGCCAGAUGGACAGGUAUCCCGCUCUGCUUACGGAAAACUGCAUCAAAUGCCUUGAGCUACUCAUCCAUCAUGGCUGGAAAUCGAAAAUUUCCGCCAACUUGGUCCAGCAGAUCUUCAGCUUGCUGGUUUUCAUACUGGACGGGGUGCCUGGAGCACAGAAGGAGCGCCGGGAUGUGCCAGAAGAACUACAGUUGGAGGUGCUUCGAGCCUUUGGAGCCCUGCUGUCGACCGCCGGCCAGUCGGCAAAUGCAAUAUCUGGACUUACUCAACAAGACUUUAUACCCGCUUUGGGCCAUGGAAUUACCGUCAUGAUCGAUAGCGCCAUAGAUGGUAUCAACCCACAGGUGCAGACAGAAGCACUCGGCGUCCUUCAGGCCGUGUUUACCAGACUUCGAGAUCAAGCUACCCUCGCCAACUUUCUCCCCGGAGUCGUCUCCGCAAUGGCAAAGCUACUGUCCACUCCGAAUCGCCACAAGACGCUCGUGUUGGCAAAAUGCUUGGCUGUCGUACAGACUGCGCUGACGCAAGUACUUGGAGAUAUGCGUACAAGAUCCGUACUUCCAAAGGAGGGCAACAAGGUCCCAGAAGUCGGACACAACACGAAAGAGGUGCCGUUGACUCCUGAUUGGGUGAAAGAGACUUCAGCUCAAGUCAAACGUGCACUGGCGUCCAUGAUCAAGUUGAGGAUGCAUGAUUCGGAGACCGUCCGCGACGCGCUUGGGAGCCUUUGCAUAUCUCUUCUGGAUGAGUGCCACGCCUCUCUUUCCAAUUGCUCCACACUCUUGGUCGAAACUGCAAUCAUGCUGGGCGUUGAGGACAAUGAGUUCCCAGCAUCGACAGCCACACAGGUUGACCUAAGUUACUUGGCAACUAUAUACCCUGAGCUUGCCGACACUGUCAAAUCGACGAUAUACAGUUGGAUGUCAAGUUUGCCACGUCUCAUGCAAACAGGGGAUGAAGACGCGAAGACAGCUGCAGUUGUCAACCUAUCCAAGGGAUUCCAGCUGCUGCAACAAUUAGCUGUUGAGUCAUCAACGCUAGAGGAUUCAAUGGCAGACACAUUGAGGGACAGUCUCGUAUCGCUGAUGCAGGAUUCGAGGCAACCGCGACCAAAACCUCACUUGCAACUGCUGGACGAGUCUGGUAACAGCAAAGAGUCCUCCCCGGAACAGGCUUUCGAGCCGAUACUUGUGGCAAGCGAAAGCCAAAGAAAGUUACGGCAAGAGAUUACAAGUUUGAUCCGCCGCAUUGGGUCGUCAUCCAGCGGGCGCAAUCUUGCCGUUUGUAUGAUGGACCAUGCCCGCGAGUCAAAGUCAGCAGAUCAGGUUGCUUCUCUCUGGCUAUGCUUCGAGAUUGUCAGAGCUGCCAAUGUUUCAAACGCUGAAUCCGAGAGAUACCUCGAUUUUCCAGCUUUUUCAAGUCCAUCAGACGACGUCGAGCUAGUAUCCGAAGAUCUUUACUCGUAUUCAGUCCAGAUACUUGAAACGCAUGAGGAUUCGCCCUCCUCAGAUUGGCGACUAGAAGCAAUCGCGCUAGAGGUUGUGGCGUACCAAGCGACAAGGCAGGGCGAACUCUUCAGACCGCACCUCGUGGAUGUGUUGUUUGCGAUCGCCACAUUCCUAGGGUCCAAGAACCAAAUUCUGCAGCAACAUGCGAUUGCCUCUCUCAACACGGUGGCGCUAUCAUGCAACUACGCAAAUGUGGCCGAGUUGAUCAUUGAUAAUGUCGACUACAUGGUAAACUCGGUGUCUCUAAGACUGGAUUCACUUGAUAUCUCACCGGCAUCUAUGCAGGUGCUUCUGAUGAUGAUACGACUCACUGGCGCGCGCCUGAUACCGUAUCUAAACGACGUCGUCGAAUCCAUAUUCGGCGUGCUGGAUAGUUACCACGGAUAUACCUCUUUCGCCGAAAACCUUUUCUCAGUUCUCAAAGAAAUUGUAGACCAAGCGUCUCACGCCGAUGGCCUUUUGACAGAAGGAGAAAGGAACAUGAUAACCCACAAGAAGGAGCCAAGAGCAAUUCGAGGAAUGAGCGAUCUCAUGGAGCAUCUAGACCGUAGAGAGGCAAGGCGAUUACGCGAUCAGGCCGAGCAGACGACAUUUGAAGAAAUCAAAGGCCACCCUAAAGAGCCCUGGAAGUCUGCGUUUUCAGACGAUACGCAUGGAGAAGCAGAGGCGAGCCAGCCGCCCCAGGAACCCGAACCCCCGCCAAACUCGCCCACCUACGAGCUUCUCCAUCGAAUCUCAUGUUUGACUCAACACUAUCUCACCUCUCCAACGCCCCAGCUACGAAGGUCUCUACUGGAACUCCUCACCACCGCUUCGUCGAUAUUAGGCGGGGAUGAAGACAGAUUUCUACCCCUCGUCAACGCCGUCUGGCCUGUUGUUGUGGAGAGACUACGGGACCCCGAAGCGUUCGUCGGAAUCGAAGCAUGCCAUGCGCUAAGUGGGCUCUGUGCAGCGGCAGGAGAUUUUUUAAGCACUCGCUUCAAAACAGAGUGGGGUGACUGGUUGAAAGAAUGGUGUUUCAAAGUCAAGAAGCAGCAGGGAGGAGCCAACGCGAAACGGCCCACACCAUCAUCACACCGUGAGAGGGGCUCCAAUAUCGACAAGGGUGACGGCAUCAUGAUCCCGCUACGGUCUGGAAACGGUACCGAGAUAAGAGGCGUGGUGAUGAAAUCCGCAGGAGCCUCGGCGGGGAGCCUAGGGCAGCAUGCGUCGCAGGCGAAGAUGUGGGAAGCCGUGGUGCAGCUUCUCACAGCUAUAGCAUUGCAUGUUCGAACGGAUGGUGACAUGUUUGAUGACAUGGUGGAGCUUUUGGUGGAUGUCUUGGAGAGCAAUCAAGAAGUCCGGCAAGCAUUGGAAACCGUCAACGCAGAUGCGGUAUGGUUGGCCAGGUAUGAGAAGGGAAGAGUUGAACACGUUGCCACUCCCGUCAUGGAAGGGGUCAAGUUCGCGGACAUGAAAGUGGUGGCGCCACCGUCCUAG